AUGCCAAACAGCAAUGCUCUAGAAAAUAUUUAUAGCAAUGAGGAACCUGCUACAUAUUUGCACCACAUUGGAACCAGAACAACUCCUGACUUUCUCCUGGCUUCAAGCGACAUCAAACACCUUGAGAAACUGAAAAGAAAGCGGGACGUCCUUCGCAACACUGCUGAUCAGACUGGAAGAACGGAAGACGUACAAGCCUGGAGACGGCAGUCAGCUGUCCUAAGACAAGCCCUCUUGCAAGCUAAACGAACUUCCUUCGACAAGACCAUUCUCUCAAACCACUCGAGAAGGCACACAGCCACAGAGGUGACUCCCAAACCCCUCGAGAAGGCACAGAAAGCCACAGAGGUGACUCUCAAACCCCUCGAGAAGGCACACAAUGAGGUGACUCUCAAACCCCUCGAGAAGGCACACUACCAAGAAUUACGACUAAUUACUGGAGGGAUUAAAUCAACACCCAUUGAUGCAAUGCUAGUUACAGGAAGCACCACAAUAGGUUCCUGCCAUGCUCCUAGUUACAGGAAGCACUACAAUAUGUUCCCUUAUCAAAGAAAAGGUUACAGGAAGCACCACAAUAUGUUCCCUUAUCAAAGAAAGGCCUUGAUCCUGUGUGAGAAGCUACUGUGA